AUGGGUCGCCCGGAUUCCCAAGAUGUGGAAUCAAACCAAGAACCGUCAGUCUGGCGCGACUGGGUAGCUGUCUUCCUCUGGAGUGCCAUAGGCUACCUGUGCAUCAUUGUGACCGUCGUUGGAUAUUUCAAUCCAUCUCUACUUCCAAUCGACCCGGCUGCGCUGGUGUUCAAUAAGAACAUCUCUCCGUUCUUUGCCUUUUCGCAGGGAUCGGGCCAUUACCCGAAACCACAUGGCGUCAAGAUUGUCGCACUUGUUCCUUUCCACUAUCAUGAGCGGACUGAAAUUUUAGACUGCUAUUUGCAGAAAAAUUUGGUUCGCAACCACGGCUUUCUCGACCAGGUCGUGUUUAUUCCUCAGACGUCCGAUCCAGUCAGCUUGGAAUGGCUCUAUUCAUUGAUCAAGCAGACUCAAGGAUAUGCGAUCUCCCCACCUGGCCACGGCAUGGAGUGGCAUAUUGCCAAAGACAACGUCAUGUACAUUCGCAUUGACGGUGAUGUCAUCUAUCUGGAGGAUCACACCAUCCCCACGAUCGUGAAAACAAAAUUGGACAAUCCCAGCUCACUGAUGGUAUCCGCCAACGUUGUGAAUGAGGCGGCGCUUUCCUCCCUCCAUAGUCAUCCGGGCAUCGCCCUUCCAUAUCUCCCAGAGUUGCACCAUAUCGAACAGCCCUCCCGGUCCAAGUCGCAGCUGAGCCAGGAUUGGCGCUCCUCAAGUCUCCCCCAAUGGCGUGGACCAGCAAGCUUCAGAGUUCCAAAGGGGUUCAAAGCACCCUUCCAGGGACAUCGUUGGCUUCUACCCGCGGAAGCAGGUUCAGAUCGCGACCCCAUUGCAGGAUCAAUAUACACGGAAACCGGUCCUUCGCUCCAAGACUGGACCGUCAGCGCUCAGCAGCAUUACUCUUUCCUGCACCACCUUGAGUAUAACGAUCUGGCUCCGUACAAGUUCCCACUGUGGAUGGAUCCUACAGAACCGAUUAGCCAGAACUUUGGCUGUUUCUGGGGCCAUGAUGCCAACGCUCUGGGUGAGAUUUUCGACCACCCAGGUGAAGAUCUAUCAAAGUCGUGGAGCAGACAUAAUGGUUCCCGCCCACAUGUUUCUAUCGAUGGUAAGGGUCUAGCGGCUCAUUACUCGGCUCGCUUGGGGCCUGAGGGGUUGGACUCGACCGAUCUUUUGGACCGGUACCGUGCGUAUGCGCAGGAGAUGGUCUGCCUGCAGACAGCGUGA